CACCUGGGAGAGCCGAGGCGAGAAGCGACACUUCCCUGCAGCUAGCAUCCUUGAAGGGGCCCGGCGGCGAACAGCCUCCCGCAGGACGCCCUGAGAAGCUCUCAGCCCCAGGCGAGAGCGGGCGCCUGGCAGGACUUAGGCGCGGGACUUGGGGAAGCCUAAGCGGGUCUCUGCCGAGCGCAGCCCGGGGAGCAGUGACAAGGAAGGGUCCUGGAGGGCAAGGGAAAGAAGGCGGCAGCCGGCAAGGCGACCACUCACCCCCGUACACACCCACCCCGCCCGCCCAGCCAGGAGCUGCGGUGCGCCUCUGGGGGCGCUCGUUCCUUGGCGCCUUCCCUCCCGUGUCCCAGCACCGCUGGGCUACGGGCCGGGCUGGUGGGAUCCCUGGGGAUGUCAAGAUCAGGCAUGGUGGACGAGUGGCCCUUCUCCCAGGACCAGCGUAAAAGCUGGGGUUAAGCGGGGCAGGGGGGACUCGGCUCAGGGUCCCCCGAGGUCCAGGACGAGGGGAGGCGGGCGCAGCACCCAGGGACUGGAGAGGCGGCUCCCUGUGGGACCCCUCCAGAAGUAGUGCCCGGCGCCGGGCAUCCUCCAGGAAGACCAGGGACCGGGAGAGUCUGGGAGGCGCUCGGGAGAGGCCACUGCCAGGAGCUGCGGGCUGAGGCGGCGCUCAGUCCCGGGCGGGCGCCCGCGGAGGCGGCAGCGGCGGCGCCGGACGGGCAUGCCGCGCCAUCGGAGCUCCUUUCGGGCGCACGCUUCCCUGGCGCGGGCUGCGCGCGGCUGCCGCUGCUGCUGCUUCCACUGCUGCUGCGGACUCCCAUGGCGGCUCCACCCCGCCGGGGCCGCCGCCGCUGCCGCCAGCCGCGGGCUGAAUGAAUGAGCCGGAGCGGCGGAGCCGGGCUGCCCGCGGCCGCGCUCACCGGCCCGGGACGCUUCCGCAUGGCCCGCGAGGAGCCGGCGCCCGCGGCGGUGGCGGCGGCCGGGCAGCCCGGGGGCGGCAGAGGCGGCGAGCGGGCGCUGCAGGGGCCAGGGGUCGCCCGCAGGGGGCGGCCGUCGCUGAGCCGCGCUAAACUGCACGGGCUGCGGCACAUGUGUGCCGGGCGCACGGCGGCGGGGGGCUCCUUCCAGCGGCGGGCGCUGUGGGUGCUGGCCUUCUGUACAUCCCUCGGCUUGCUGCUGUCCUGGUCCUCGAACCGCUUGCUCUACUGGCUCAGCUUCCCGUCGCACACGCGGGUGCACCGCGAGUGGAGCCGCCAGUUACCCUUCCCCGCCGUCACCGUGUGCAACAACAACCCCCUGCGCUUCCCGCGCCUCUCCAAGGGGGACCUCUACUAUGCCGGCCACUGGCUCGGGCUGCUGCUGCCCAACCGCACCGCGCGCCCGCUCGUCAGCGAGCUGCUGCGCGGCGACGAGCCGCGCCGCCAGUGGUUCCGCAAGCUGGCUGACUUCCGCCUCUUCCUGCCGCCGCGCCACUUCGAGGGCAUCAGCGCCGCCUUCAUGGACCGCCUGGGCCACCAGCUUGAGGACAUGCUGCUCUCCUGCAAGUACCGCGGCGAGCUCUGCGGCCCACACAACUUCUCCUCCGUGUUUACAAAAUAUGGGAAGUGUUACAUGUUUAACUCAGGCGAGGAUGGCAAACCUCUGCUCACCACGGUCAAGGGGGGGACAGGCAACGGGCUGGAGAUCAUGCUGGACAUUCAGCAGGAUGAGUACCUGCCCAUCUGGGGAGAGACAGAGGAAACGACAUUUGAAGCAGGAGUGAAAGUUCAGAUCCACAGUCAGUCUGAGCCACCUUUCAUCCAAGAGCUGGGCUUUGGGGUGGCUCCAGGGUUCCAGACCUUUGUGGCCACACAGGAGCAGAGGCUCACAUACCUGCCCCCACCAUGGGGUGAGUGCCGAUCCUCAGAGAUGGGCCUCGACUUUUUUCCUGUUUACAGUAUCACCGCCUGUAGGAUUGACUGUGAGACCCGCUACAUCGUGGAAAAUUGCAACUGCCGCAUGGUUCACAUGCCAGGGGAUGCCCCUUUCUGCACCCCUGAGCAGCACAAGGAGUGUGCAGAGCCUGCCCUAGGUCUGCUGGCGGAAAAGGACAGCAAUUACUGUCUCUGCAGGACACCCUGCAACCUGACCCGCUACAACAAAGAGCUCUCCAUGGUGAAGAUCCCCAGCAAGACAUCAGCCAAGUACCUUGAGAAGAAAUUUAACAAAUCAGAAAAAUAUAUCUCAGAGAACAUCCUUGUUCUGGAUAUAUUUUUUGAAGCUCUCAAUUAUGAGACAAUUGAACAGAAGAAGGCGUAUGAAGUUGCUGCCUUACUUGGUGAUAUUGGUGGUCAGAUGGGAUUGUUCAUUGGUGCUAGUAUCCUUACAAUACUAGAGCUCUUUGAUUAUAUUUAUGAGCUGAUCAAAGAGAAGCUAUUAGACCUGCUUGGCAAAGAGGAGGACGAAGGGAGCCACGAUGAGAAUGUGAGUACUUGUGACACAAUGCCAAACCACUCUGAAACCAUCAGCCACACUGUGAACGUGCCCCUGCAGACGGCCCUGGGGACCUUGGAGGAGAUUGCCUGCUGACACCCCUCGAGCCACCCGGCACCCCCUCCAAACAGACCUUGAGGCCCAAGACCAGGACAAGGAAGAGCAAGCUCAGGUGGAAUGGCCCCUGAUGCUGGAAAGAAGCAAGAGCCCCCUAUGCACACAUUGCAGACUAGCUGCCUAGACCUCGCUCCGGCCACGUCCAACACGACGCGUCCUUGGGCCCCGCCGUGCGUCCCUCUUAGGAGAGAUGAGUCACACUCUGGAACUGUCCAAGAACGAACCUGCCAUCACAUCUCACUGCCAGAUGUAUAAAGCACCUGCAUGCUCAGACUUCUUAUGGCGCCACCUCCACGUCUGUCUUGUACAUGACAUUCCUCCACGCGGUUUCCAGUGUCCACACCGCUGCCCGUGCAGUGGGACCAGAUUCCAGGUCCAAAGUCACCAUGAGGCCACCCUGGAAUCAGAACUGCACAAUCAAGAGGGAACCCGUGGGACUCUCUGCUACAUUCAGUUCUUGUGUCGUUUGUGAAGGUUCUUAACCUGCCCACAAACCCUCUUUUCCCCAAGCUGGCCCAUGGGGCUUUGGCGCCUAAGGUGACCUGUGCCAACCUCCCUCCCGCCCCAGAGCCUGUGAAGGCGGCACAGCAGCCAGCGGGCGGGGGGCUCAUAUGUUCACCCAUGGUGGCCAUGUCGUUCUUCUCUCCCUGUGACACAGCUUGUACAGUCUGAUUCUUUUUAUCUGGGAUAGGGGGACUUUUAUGUUUGUCCGAUGGAGAUUUGUUUUGUUUUGCUUCGUUUUAUGCUUUUUUUUUUUUUUAGUUUUGAUGUUCUGAGGUUUGGUUUGGUUUCUCCAUUUUCUUUGGCGUUUAUUUAUUCGUGCUUCAAAUCACAGUCAUAUUAAAAGCUGGUCUUGUGGAAA